GCAGCAACUCAGUCGGACUGUGAUGAAGUGGAGUCUGCAGCAAGAGAGUUGCCCACCGACACUUUUACAUCCUUUUAUUAGAUAAAAAAAGUUGCUCAUAUUGUUCCUCGAGUCGUCCGAGUCAUGUAUUGAUAACCUAAAGUUCCAGACCAGUUCGACUCGCAGCGGUCCAGAGCCGGUUCUGAAGGAUGUCAGCACCGAGUAACUCGCUCCAGCAGCCCAGAGUCAGGCGCAGCAAUGCGGGCUCUCCCGGUUCGUAUAACAACGGCAGCUGCCGCUUACACCCCAUCCGAGCCACCGUGCCUUAUCAGCUCCUGCGGCCGGGACAGAGCAGCCCAACGCGGACUCAAAGCCUCCAUGUGGGAGCCACGACCAACAGAGGCUCGAGCCCUCCAACCAGUCCGACUUUCGCUCCAGGAAGCGCCAUAGCAAAGCAGAGACUCUCCCCAGAAAACAAAGACUCCUCCUGUCUGCCAGAGUCACCGGCCUCCAGAGCAGAAAGAUCCAAGCCUCAAACUCGGAACUCCAGCGCCAUCAGGCGAACAUCCUCCCUCGACGCCAUCACAGGACCGUACCUCACCGGCCAGUGGCCCCGGGACUCUCACGGACCUUACCCUUCCCACAUGAAGGACAAAGCCACGCAGACUCCGAGUCUGUGGUUGGACGAGGCGUCAGAGCUGGGGAGUCACCAGAGGUCGGCGUCCUGGGGCAGCGCCGAUCAUCUCAAAGAGCAGAUCGCAAAGCUGCGGUUUCAGCUGCAGCGAGGCAAACAGACAGGCCGACCCGGCAAAGAUCCCGGCUCCGCGGCCGGACCGGCGCAGCACAAGGGAACGUCGGCAGCCUGGGCCGUCAUCCCGAUGUCCAAGUCCUGGAUGUCCCGGGUGCCGAGCAGCGUGGAAGGAAUCAACCACGAACUUGAGAACAUGUUCAUCCGGGAAGACUUGGAGCAUGGCGGGAUCCAGUCCAUGGACGUGGUGGACGGCCGGCGCGCCCCUCUUCCUCUUCCUCGCUACAGCUGCGACACCCGAGACACAGACACUCAGGCACCAUCUAGUGGUGAGUCCAGCCCAUCGCCAGGCCCCUGCAGCCCUGAUCAGCUGCUGCACUCGCCUGAUGGAAGCCCCUGCUCCGCCGAGGACGUUGACAAAGAUGGUGUGUGCAGCUCUCCGCUGCCCAAGUUCGCCACGUCUCCCAAACCCAACAACAGCUACAUGUUCAAGCGGGAACCUCCAGAAGGCUGCGAGAGAGUCAAAGUCUUUGAGGAGCUGGUGUCGGGCAAAUCCAAAGGCUUCCCUCUCUUCUCGUGUCCCGACAAAAACAAGGUGAAUUUCAUCCCACGCGGCUCGGCCUUCUGUCCCGUCAAGCUCCUCUGCUCCUCCUUCUUCUCCCCCGUCAGUCUCCACGGCAACAACACCCUGGAUUCUGAGGCGUCGAACGCUGACGGCAGCGCAGAGCGCCGCAGCCCCGACAGUGAGGCGGACGGAUCCCCGCAGCUCGUCCUCACCAGCGCCACCUCAGGGUUCUGAACGAGGUCACCAAGUAACUUGCACAUGUUAAAACUAAUAUUAGCCAGCAGGGGGCGGCGCUGUCCGGACUGUGGUUUCAGAACUGUAAGGAUGGCCCUCUUUCACUAACACCAUCUCUAUGAUGACAGAAUAGCUUUUUUUUUUUUCCUCUGCGUUGGCUUCACGCGAGCUCAGAAUCGGACGUGCUAGUGUGACGGAGCCGUGGACGCAACAAAACACACCAAUGAAGAGCACUCGUUCAACUCUCCGACAUCGUCUUCCACUCUUCCCUCUAGAGACCUAUCAGCUCUUAGCGUCUCUGCAUAAGUGGCAUGUGACAGUUGGACCACGGUCACGUCGACCGCUCGCGAUCCCAUAAACGGGAUGGGACCAACUCCAAAUGUUUCAAGACACCGUUAAUUCAUUCCACUCACGCUGUGAGCGUCUCAACGUUCUGUUGACUUUGUAAUGCGGCCACUGAAGGUUGUCAUUAACCAUAGCUGCCGGUCAUAUGACCACAGGUUCGCGUUCAUGUUCACAAGUUCACAAUGACAUUCAUCCGCUAAAAUAACAUUGCGGCUUGACGGUACUUUUAUUAUAUCCCAAUUUUACUGUGCAGUCACAGUAAACGUCCACGUGGGGUCGCCAUUUCAACUUUCUUGGUUUGAAAAAGGCUUCAUUGUUCAGGCCUCGUGUGCCCACUAGAUGGCACUGUGCUCUACGGUAUUUGGCGACCCGUGAUGGUGGUCUGCACCUCGAUUGGAUUUCAUCGUCACACAAUGAAAAUGAAGUGAAGUGAAGUUCUGAUGACCAAACGUCAAAAUAUAAAUGACUUGGAUCCUGUGACGCUAAAUAAGAAAGCUUCAAGUGUUGGCAUCGUCAUUCAAGGACAACUUGUGAAACAUUUCUUGAAGACAGAGUUUGAAGUUAAUGCAGGGAAGUCAUGACACGACUAGUUGGUUCAUCCACACGACCCUCUGAGUUCGAAGUUCAAAUGAGCGACAAUCAGCCUUCGACUGAGCGACGUUGGUUUUAUAACGCCGCAUCACGACGUGCUUCCCUGCCCUCGCUGGAGAAGUGAACCCCCAACUGCCUCUCUGACUUCCAUGCAGACCAAAGUUCACCGAGCGUUUCAGAAAACUGGCCCAGCACUUAGGAGAGAAGCCCCAGUCUUCAGAGUGCAAUAGAUCUGCUGAACUUUAUAAGGACGACGACCAAAACCCACACGCAGAGAGAAACGUUUCUAGACUUGUUAGCAUGUUUGUUUACUCGGCUUUUGUACGUAGAUCCUGUUUUUCAAUAAAGAAACCAAAACA